AUGGCUCAAAUCAGCAAACUCGUUCAAGCCGAGCCAAUAGUUGGCAACAACCUUAUUACGCUCGUCAAUGUGCUUCAAGUUGUCCUUGAAAAUCUCGAACCUAUGCAACUUCUCCUCGAUCCUACGAUCGAGAAGUCGCGGGCCCGGGCCAAGAUCGAGAGGGAGAGUAAGACGAGGCCCGAAAGGAAUAGUAGUUUGGGGGAUGAUGGGAAGGCCAUGAUUGGAUGGGUUGGGAUUGUGUUUGGGAGGGGAUUUUAUAGGUGUGGGAUUGAGAGAGUUGAAAUGUGGCCGAAUGAGAAGCUUUUCAAUUUAAGGAAAAAGUCAAGUGGUGCGUGA